CUUUAUAAUGAACAACCUUCUGUUGUUAAAAUAUUUAUCUGUAUUCCGCCUCCGCUUGCCCAUCUUCCUUGGAAGAAGUAGACAUAUUUUUCUGCUGUUUACGUUGUUACUUUGAGUUUUAGCUUUUAUUUUGAGCUAGUCUUUCUUUCUAGCUCUGGCUAACUUCAAACUUCCAAUCCUCCUGCUUCAGCGUCCAAUGUGCUGGGAUCGCAGGCAGGUACCCCCACUCUCAGUGGCAUUUUGUAUCGUUAUCUAAGAAGCAAAAACUUGCUCACAGAGUCAGCGGCCACCUAGAAAAUUAUCAAGGUGAAUCAUCUGAGGGCACAGGAUGGCUCCGAGCCACUGUCUGUACAGAUAAAAGGCUGAUUCUCCACCCUCUCUUAUUUGAGCAGGCUUGCUGUGCCUCUCACUGUGGUUCGAUCUCUCCUCUGGAAGGAGCAUAGCUGAAAGCUGAUCUUCUGGUCUCCAGAACGCUUCUGAGAUUUUGCCAUCGAGGUUUGUGAGUUAAACCUUGGUCUUAACAUGACGGCCAGGGAUUCAGGGGAUUUCUAGGUGUCCAUUUCCUUCUCUUCUUCCCUAUCUCUUUUUCUUCACUGCCCUUUAAAAGCAGGAUUCUGAGUGACAGCCAUAGUCAACAGGUUAAAAAGAAAGCUGGUCCCUUGGUAUACUGAAGGCUUACUGGAGAUUUUUGUGCCCAGAGGGGAAUUGAAUUCAGCGUGGACACAGAAGGUUGAAGGAGCAACAACCCCUAAUCAACUCACAGAAUGGAGACAGCAGUCAAUGCUAAGAGUCCCAGGAAUGAAAAGGUUUUGAACUGUUUGUAUCAAAAUCCUGAUGCAGUUUUCAAGCUGAUCUGCUUCCCUUGGGCAGGAGGCGGCUCCAUCCAUUUUGCCAAGUGGGGCCAAAAGAUUAACGACUCUCUGGAAGUGCAUGCUGUAAGACUGGCUGGAAGAGAAACCCGACUUGGAGAACCUUUCGCAAAUGACAUCUACCAGAUAGCUGAUGAAAUCGUGACCGCCCUGUUGCCCAUCAUUCAGGAUAAAGCUUUUGCGUUUUUUGGCCACAGUUUUGGAUCCUACAUUGCUCUUAUUACUGCUCUGCUCCUAAAGGAGAAAUACAAAAUGGAGCCACUGCAUAUUUUUGUAUCCGGUGCAUCCGCCCCUCACUCAACAUCCCGGCCUCAAGUUCCUGAUCUUAACGAAUUGACAGAAGAACAAGUCAGACAUCACCUUCUGGAUUUCGGAGGCACGCCCAAGCAUCUCAUAGAAGACCAGGAUGUUCUGAGGAUGUUCAUUCCUUUGCUGAAGGCAGAUGCUGGCGUUGUGAAAAAAUUCAUCUUUGACAAGCCCUCCAAAGCUCUUCUCUCUCUGGACAUAACGGGCUUCCUUGGAUCUGAAGAUACAAUAAAGGACAUAGAAGGCUGGCAAGACCUAACCAGUGGGAAGUUUGAUGUCCACAUGCUGCCAGGUGACCACUUUUAUCUGAUGAAGCCCGACAACGAGAACUUUAUCAAGAACUACAUAGCCAAGUGCUUGGAACUCUCGUCACUCACUUGACUACUUUUAGAUGAGCUUUCUUUGGGGCUGUGGAUAUGCAGACGGUUCAAAAGCUGCUCCUCUGGGUCCAGCUUUUAGUUCUUAGAGGUUGGAAAGGUGCAUAUUAAUGAAUUUCUUCGUGGAGCAUUUAUCUCUCUGGGGAAAGGACACGGCUGAAGAGGCGCACAGGCACUAUUGGGAGCUAACAGAGGGGAGAGGGGGGUGGUUUUCUUUGGGGGGAUGUUGCCCUCAGUAGGUACCCAUGCUCCAGUAAAUGACACUACACCCUUGUGCCACAUGCAGGCAGCUCUAAUCAGACUCAGUGGGAAGUUGGGAGGCAUACAUGUUGGGGGACAUCUGUCACGGGGCUUGGAAAGACAAGUGAGGGUCUGAUCAAAACCUGCUGUUUACAUUUUCAAAGAAUAAAUAAAAAAUAUUGCUAAAGGAAGAAAA